AUGGAGUACGAUUUUGAAGAUUGUCAAUUUCAAUUUUUAAAUUGGUUACGUGCCAACAAUCAACUUCAUGGAGAAAAAGAUGCUUGGCGUUUAAAUUCUUUUAGUAUGGAUUAUACAGAUCAUUUAAGUGUAAAUUUAUCUGAUGCCGAAUUAUUGGGUAUAAAUCGUGAUGAUCCAAAAGAUGUUAAAGGAAAAUUAAGAGCAAAAUAUUUUCAUCAUUUAACAAAUGUUGCAUCAAAAUUUGUACCAGCUAUACCAUUUGAUACCGAAGAAUAUUCAUGUUUUAUGCCAAUUAUUACUGAAAAAUCUCGUGAAGUUUCCGUUCAAACUAAAUAUAGAGAAUCAUCUGUACAAACAUCUCCAUUUGAACCGGAAUUUUUUCCCGAUGAAAAGAAUAAAUAUUUAGAAACUGAAAUUUAUUCAAUUUGUAGAGCAAUACAAGAUAUAGAAGAACCAGGACAAUAUGAAAUUUCAUUAAUAGAACGUUUAAAAAGGCGUCGUGCUUUAGAAAAAGUUUUAAAUACUUGUCGAAAUAAAAAUGAUAUAGAUAGAUAUAGACGGGUUAUUAAAACAUUUGAAUGGGAAGAAUGGAUGGCAAGAGAAGAAGAUAUUCAAUAUUAUCAAAAUUUACGUUUACAAACAUUACGGGAAUUACUGGAUGAGAAAAAUUGUAAAAUGAGAAAUAUAUCAGAUCAAAAAAUUUUAUAUAGAAUUGAACAAAUUAAAAAGAAAUCAGAAUAUGAAAUGUUAAAAAUUCAAAAUAAAUAUAAUAGAGAUAUGAGAAAAAUUGAAUAUAAAAGAAAAAAUAUACCAAGAAAAUAUCCAAAAUCUGAUAUAUUGGAUGAACAUACUAAAAUGGAUUCAGAAUUAUAUGCACCACAAAUGCGUUACGGUGUUAAUCCAAAACGUAAACAUUUUAUUGGUUAUAAAACUAAAUUUAAUAUGAGAAUCGAAGAUAUAAAUCGAAAAAUGAUAAAACCAACUGUUGUUGAAUGCCCAUUUGCUUUUACAAAAGCAAUUUCAAAACCAAAAGAACCCCCAAAAGAAUAUACUGUGAAUUUCUUAACUGAUAAAAGACUUAAAACACUUUACGAAACUUUAAAGCAUUUUCGAAUCAAAUUGGAACCAAAACCAAGAGAUGCACCAAAAUGUUUAAAAGAAAAAGAAACUAUUCCCGAAAGUGAAACUAAAAUUACAGUUUUUGGAAUAGAACAGGAUGUUGAAGGUCGUGCUAUACAAAGUAUGUUAUAUGCUGGUAAAGAAGAACUUAAAGGACUUAUACAUGAAAUUGAUUCAACUCAUUCAUUAAAAGCAAUUGAAACCCUAUUUCCUGAUAUUACAAAAGAAAAGAAAUCUAAACAAGCUCAAAUGUUAGCAAAACAAAAAUAUUCAGAACAAAUUUCAAGUGAUAAUAAAAAUCUUAAGUCUAUUAUACAUGGUUUUGAAGGUUCAAUUAUUGGUCCACUUUUUGAAUUUCUCGAAAAAGAAUUAGAUCGUUUAUAUGAACAGAAACGUAUACAAGCUAUUGUAAUGUUAGCUGAAAGAGAACGUUAUAAACGUGAAGCUAAAGAAGCUGGUAAACGUCAAUAUGAGAAUCGUUUAAGAGAAAAAUAUUCUGAAGCAUAUAUACAUAUGGCAAAAUCAACCAAAGAUAAUAUUUCAAUGUAUUUAGAAGAUGUUCUAUUAGAUGAUAUAAGUAGAAAAGCUGCAUUUGAUAGUCGUCGUAAAAUUAUUGAUAUUGCACGUGAUUUAGAUCGUUUUAGUGAACAAAUGAUUGAGAAUCCUACAUUGCCACAUAAUAGAAUCAUGUUGGAUAAUGAAGAAUUACUCGAGUUUGUUACAAAUCAGCAAAUUUAA